AUGGAGUCGCCGUCGUUUGCGGCCGCUCCCAUUUCGGCCAGUGACCAGGACGCCGUCGUAGCGCCUGCAGCGGCCCAGGUGCGGACGUGGCUCUCUCUGUACGGCGCCUGCUGCACAGAAGAGAGGGUGGAGAUGCAUCCAGGGGUUCUCUCUCGUGUCCUGCAGGCGGUAGAGCUGGCGCAGAGCCGAGGACGGCUUUCUUCAGAGAGCGACGGCACCCCCGCCGCCACAGCGACGCGACAUGCAAGCCGUAGCGGCGAAGAUGAUGCCGAGGCGGCGACCGCGAUGCCGUCAUCGAUGCCGCAUUGCGAUGCCGAUGCUGGUAAAGGGAGCACACGCGUGGCUGGACUGUCAGUCGAUUUUGGUGGUCUAUGGAUGCCCCUGUCGGAGUGGAUCGCGACCCUGCGAAGUGUGGUGGCCGCCGUGCCGCUGCACAACUUCUCUCUGCGUGACACCGCCCUCGGCGACGCUGGGCUGCGUUGCCUUUGUCGAGAAGUGGCCACCACUUCCAUAACGCCGGCUUCGGUAGGAACGCCUAGCAGAUGUGAGGGCGGGAUCGCUCGUCUACCGGGGCUCUCGCCACUUUCCGCACCGUCAUUCUAUCCGCACCCUAGCCCUGGAUUGGAGGCAACGAGCGCGCUGCGGUGGCUGGACCUCAGCGGCGCGGAGCUCACGGAUGGCGGGCCGCUGGCGUUGCUUCUUGCAUCAUGUCCACAGCUGCAUGCCCUCAACUUGUCCUACAACCGUUUGGGCACACGGGAUGCUGAACUGGCGUUGCUCUGCGCUGCGCUGCAGCUGCAUCCUUCGCUGGAGGUGCUGAGUUUGCGUCGAAAUGGCAUCAGCGGUAGUCGCGGCCGGCCGGCAAUAGCUGCGCUUGCCGAGCUCAUUGUCGCCCGGUCUGUGGAGGCACCGCGCUCAUUCUCGAGGGCCAAUGGUCCCGCGUCCGCGCUCUGUGGACAACACGCUGCGACAACCACGGCCGUAGUCGCACGGUCGCUGCGGAGCCUCGACCUCUCGGACAACCUGCUGGGCGCCUACUUCCUUCUCUCGGAUACGCCGAUGACGCACUGCGCUGAGGAGGGACGCUUAGCUGCAACUCUCCAAUACGAUGUGGCAUCUUUAUCUGGCUGCCACGUCGGUGUCCAUGAAGGUGUAGCAGCAUUCCCUCUUGUCACGGCACUUUGCCUGAACAACACGCUGGUAGAGCUGAACUUGCGUGACAACGGCUUGCCAGAUGCGUUGCUGGAGUACGUGGAAGCGAAACUGCGCGUCAAUCGGCGCACCACAGGCGGCGGGGCCAGCUUCUUGGCCGCCGCGUCCACUGAGGCCAUCGCAUCGACCACUGUUCGACAGGUACUCUUUGAUCAGCUGCGCUGCACUCUCAAUCACAUCCAUGCUGAGACAACGAAUGCAUCAGGGGUGAUGGAGUCCACACACGCUGAGCCAAGGGACGCUCAGUUAACCGAGGGUUCCCCAGCAAACUCGUCUUCUGGACCUCCUGUGACUGAGCGACGAUGGACCACCGACGAGGUCGUGGGCCUCGUGCAGCGCCUUGUCCGCCGUGUCGCCUCGGACCUCUCCUUGUGCUGA